AUCGACCUACGCACACAAGCUCAUUAGACUCGGCGCGCUCUCUCAAGCCAGUUGUGGGUACCGGUUUGGUAGUGACACGACUGCUUAGGGAUACCGUAGUGCUUACAAUACACUUAUAAAGUGACUUGUGUCUUGUUUAAAUGGAUUGUUAUUUAGUGAAAAUGGAUGAUAAGUCCUAUAGUUUGGACAGUUUUAAUGGCGCCAAUAAUGAAGAAGAGGAAGAACAUGAUGAAAAAUACAACUACCCGGCAGACUUCCCAACCGAAGCGUUAGUGAAAUUGGAACGAACGUCGCCGACAUUGCCUACGCCGCCGCGCACGCCCACAGACGAUACGCCUCCUGCGGUCGUUAUGUCUCGACUCCAUCCCGCCUGGACAUCACCUGCAUCUCAAUAUCCCACUUACGCUAGACCGCCUAUGCUAAAUCCAUAUCCACCUUACGAGAAACCUCUCCCUAACUACAGUCACCAAGGGACGUCUUACGCUCAAGUCGCAGCGUUGCCUCAAUCGUCAUCGUACCAUAGUAUGCUGUUAAACCAGUGGAUCAGACAUGCUGCUUUGUAUCAACAGUCAUUGCGAUACCCCGGAGUGAUGCAGAGAAUGCCCGGAAGGCAACCGCCACCUUUUCGUGGACCAGUAGUGCCUGGGACUAGGCCAAAGAAACAGUUCAUUUGCAAAUAUUGCCAUCGACAAUUUACAAAGUCGUACAAUUUGUUGAUACAUGAAAGGACCCAUACAGAUGAGCGACCUUACUCCUGCGACAUCUGUGGGAAAGCCUUUCGGAGGCAAGACCAUCUUAGAGAUCAUAGGUAUAUUCACUCUAAAGAGAAGCCUUUCAAGUGCACAGAAUGUGGAAAAGGUUUCUGCCAGUCCAGAACAUUAGCCGUUCAUAAAAUUCUACACAUGGAAGAGUCGCCGCACAAGUGUGCAGUUUGCAGUAAGAGUUUCAAUCAAAAAUCAAACUUGAAGUCUCAUUUACUUACUCACAGUGAAGUCGGCAAACAACAUUUAGAUCAUCUUGAGGGUUGCCAAGAAGUUUCUUCAACGAGUCAAGUUGUAAAUAACUCAUUAUUAGACUUAUCUCAUAAACCAGUACCACCGCCACAGAACCCACAAAUACAGGAACCUAUAGAAAGUGCAAACAAUUCUCCAAUAGAAUCACCCAAGAAAAUGUUAGGAUUUUCCAUAGAAGACAUAAUGAGGCGUUAGUUGUAUUAUUUUAGCGUUUAUGCAAUUUGUGGUGUUAUAACUUCCUGUCAAGAAAAUCUUUAAAAGUUGAGAAUUAUAAGUCUCAUCUUAUACUACCUAUUACUAUUUUGUUUGCCAAAGAGACUUUACUGACUGAUUAGAAUCUAUAUUUGUAAAAGAAGACACUGGCUGUCAUCGGGCCGAAAAGUGGAGACCACGUACCGGAAUGCGCAGCGUAGGACUAGAUGUCUAAUUUUUGUAUAGUUUUAUCUGAAAGAAUUUGACGUUCAGUUAAUUUGCAAAGGAGAAACUCGCUUUUUUGUCUUUGUUAUUAGUACUGUCAAUAACAACCUAGUUACAAAUUCUAUGUUAAAGAUUUGUUUAUAUUAAGACUGAUUUUUUGUUAAAAAAAUAAUAUAAUGUUAUAUUUUUAUUUAUUUUAUGAGUGUUAUCUAAAGUCUAUAUGUCUAGUUAACUAAAGUUACCGAAAAGUAUUACCUAACUUUGUCUUUAAGUUGAUUAGAUCCAAAUUUUGAGGCUAUGGCAUCAGGUCACGCUUAGUGAAAGUAAAAUUAAUUUAAGUUAAUAAACAAAUUGUGUAAAUUCUUGUAAGUAAUAUUUAUUUAAGGUCAUAGAGGCUAAAUAUUUAAAUACUUAAAUAAUAUUAUAUAAUUAAAACCUUAAA